GCGUGUAUGUGUCUGUUUUGGGAUGGGGGUCUAUGAAGGAGUGGAGGUGGAGCUGCCUCAGAGGCUUCAGGGACAGGGAAGUUACCAGAAGACACCAGCCCAUUUCGGGUAUGUGUGGGAAAUAUGGCAAACCUUAUCCGUUACUCCUUCCCUUGAGCAAUUUCGAAGUAUUUCUUAACGAGCCCGUUCCAGGGAAGAGCACUUUUCCUGGCAAGUCACUACAUUUCCUGGGACAGUCUCCGAUGCAUUUUUUGUUCUGGCACUGACGCUUGCCUUGCCUGGGGAGGAGACAUAUUUUCCGGGUGGCAGGCAGACUUGCCUCAUUCCAAGUGCAGCUGGCCUCUGCAUCCUGGGACUCCAUGCUUUUUGCAGCUCUGUCUGGGAAGGGCAAGGCAGCACACCUCCAGUCCCUGGUCCAUCUAACUCAAGGCUGUACUCUCCUCUGGGCCUGUGGGCUACCUCUACGCCUCUCUAGGCUGCGGCAGCCAUCUCUGCCCUACACUCCUCCCGCAGGGGAGUUAAGCAUCCGACCACCUGGAGAUGAUGAGAGAGACAGCCUGGGCAACCCUGAGCCAGGGGAUAAUAGCAAAUAAGAAGUGAGUAUUAAAUGAGGAUUGAAGAGUUUGCCACAGGUUUUCUCCAAGUGUGCAUAGGAAGCACUUUGUAUUAAAUGUCAGGAUGUAGAGCCUGGAAUCUUAUUUUUAACAAACUCUUCAUAUGAAGUUUAUGUCCACAGAAGGUGAGAGCCUGUUGGUAUAGGGACCCUGGCCCCUCCUUGUCAGACUCCACCAGCCCAGAAGAUUCUCAUUUAGUGAUGAUUGUUUAGAAAUUGACAUUUACUGAAUCCUGAAUAGGCAAGUAUCUUAGGAUUUUUUUACACCCUCCCAAUCGUCAACUGUGAAAUAGAUUUUAGCCCCACUUUAGGGAUGAGGACACUGAAGUUCAGAGGAAUGGCUACGCAAAGGUUGGUAACCUUGGAAGAGGACAAAGCCCAGAUCUUUGGUACACACACAACCUGCCGCCUCCUCUGAGCAAGCCGUGUCCUUUUGUGGGCAGCACAAAAGCAGGGAAUGAGAAUAAACAGGAGGGGCUGAAUUUAGAGCCUAAAACCCAUUUGUUAAUUUCCACCCCCUUGAUGCCCUCCUCCACCAUGGCCAGACAGCUGACAUUCUGAGAAGGAGCAGGGAUCCUUUUAGGAGGUACAGUAAGAGGCUCACAGGAAAAUUACAUUUCUCUCAGAAUGAAAGGAAAACUGGAGGUGGCAUGGGGAGAAAUCACCAUAGGAAAGGCCAAACCUGUCAUUCCCAAGAUGGCUUUCAAAGCACUUCAGCCCAUGUUGCACCACGGAGUUAGGUACCACAUGUACCGGGUACGUACAACAGAACCCUCAGUGUUGGAAGCUGGCCAUCCAAGAAGCAAGGAGAUGUAAGGUAAAAGACACAGGAGCUUCUAAAUAAGCCCUGGGGAACAGGCAAAUAAGAGGAGGGACUUUGGGAGAGUUCUUUCACCUUUCCUUUAGCAGCCCCCUCAUCUGUCUAGACUGGGGGCCUGGUCUGUGGGCAGAGUGCCUUCCAAUGCCAGCAGUGCUUACAGGCUGCAUCCACGCAUAGGAUCCACACCAGACACUUUUACAGACUCGUAAUCAGCGAAAUAUGAUUAACUGAACAAACAUUGUAGGAAAUGUCUUAACAAGAAAUGAAAAAAACUAGACUCCAAAUGGGAGAGAUGUGUGCAACAAAUUAUUGGUAUUUAUGUAACUCUGAAUAGUGUUGAUUUCCUGCAUAGGAACUGACAGCUGGCUGACAGAAAACAUAUCCAGGGAGGGAAAAGACAUAAGUGGAGUAUGAAAUUUUGAGUAAUAUUUUCAGGUAUUGAUUUCUGACUUCUGAAGAUGGAGGAAGGUGUAGAAAUUUCAAGUGAUGGGAAUUCCCUGAUCAAAGCAGUUCACCAGAGCCGGCUUCGCCUCACAAGACUCUUGCUAGAAGGUGGCGCCUACAUCAAUGAGAGCAAUGACCGUGGGGAAACACCUUUAAUGAUUGCUUGUAAGACUAAACAUGUUGAUCAUCAGAGCGUCAGUAAAGCCAAAAUGGUUAAAUACCUGUUAGAAAACAAUGCUGAUCCCAACAUACAGGACAAAUCUGGGAAAACUGCCUUGAUGCAUGCUUGCUUAGAAAAAGCUGGUCCUGAAGUUGUUUCCUUGCUCCUGGAGAGUGGGGCCGACCUCAGCCUGCAAGACCAUUCGAGUUACUCAGCCCUUGUCUAUGCUCUCAAUUCGGAAGAUAGGGAAACCCUGCAAGUUCUACUCAGUGCUUGCAAGGCAAAGGGAAAAGAGGUCAUUAUCAUAACAACAGCAAAAUCGCCCUCUGGCAGGCACACCACCCAACAGUACUUAAAUAUGCCUCCUUCUGACAUAGAUGGGUAUCAUUCCCCAUCUACCUGUGCCACUCCUUCAGAAAUAGACAUAAAAACAGCCUCAUCGCCACUUUCAUAUUCUUCUGAAACUGAAACGACACUUUUUGGCUUUAAAGAUAUGGAGCCUUCAGGAAGCCGUGAUGAUACCUGGGACCCAGGCUCCCCCGGGAGGAAGCCUGCUGUGGCCCUUAAUGGGCCCAAGCCACCCCAGGCUCCACCCUGGGUCAAACCCCCACCCUUGUUAAUGCACCAGAAGAGAGUAGCCUCUUUGCAAGAGGAGCUCCAGGAUAUUACUCCAGAGGAAGAAUUAUCCUACAAAACCAAUGGGCUGGCACUUUCCAAGCGAUUCAUUACUAGGCAUCAAAGUAUUGACAUAAAAGACACAGCACAUUUGCUAAGAGCCUUUGAUCAGGCCAGCUCAAGGAAGACAUCAUAUGAAGAAAUAAAUUAUCAGUCAUUUUCUUCAGAAGGAAGUCAGCAAUGUGUUGAAAUCCCCAUUGACCAGGACCCAGACUCUAACCAGACAAUAUUUGCUUCCACCUUAAAAAGUAUAGUUCAGAAAAGAAACUCGGGAGCCAAUCACUACAGCUCUGACUCCCAGCUCUCGGCUGGUCUGAUCCCUACAACUUCAGAAGAUGGCAAAGGUCUUACAGCAAAGAAAAAGAUCCUCUCACCGUCUCCAUCCCUGUUGUCAGGUUCCAAAGAAUUGGUGGAGAAUAUCCCCCCAGGCCCCCUGAGCAGGAGAAACCAUGCAGUUUUAGAAAGGCGCGGCUCAGGAGCUUUCCCUUUGGAUCACAGCACCACCCAGACCAGACCAGGGUUUCUGCCACCCUUGAAUGUGAAUCCUCACCCUCCCAUCUCAGAUGUCAGUGUUAACAAGAUCUCCAGCCUUCUUUCUUGUGGUCAGAAAGUGCUUAUGCCAACAGUUCCUAUUUUCCCUAAAAGUAAAAAAAUGCUGUUAAGGAGACAGUCAUUGCAAACAGAGCAAAUUAAGCAAUUAGUAAAUUUUUAAGAUAUAGCUAGAAAACACAUUUUGUUCAAAUGUCGACAUCAAAGAGACAUGGAAAUAGAAAAGGAAUCUCAAAUGUUCAUUUUUUAAAAUCUUGUAAUUGGCUAAACAACAAAGGUUAGGGGGAUUGACAUGCACUGUGAUUCCUAGUAGGCACUGUGGACACUAGUAAUAAUAUAGUUUCUGGUAAGGGAAUUCUCUCAAAAUUAAAGCUGUUUUUCUCAAAACCUCCAAGUCCAAGUUUUUAAUUUAAACAAAAAUCAACAAAGAAAGAAGGUCACAUGUGUUGGAGAUGACUAAUUUUUUUCAGAUUUGCCAAAUAUUUUAGUAGGAAACAGUAUCUUCAAGUCACUUGUUUUUAACAUUUCAAGUCAGUAAAUAAGAUUGUAGUUUUCCAUCAUGCCAAAAGCAUUUUAAAAAACCACUAACAGCUAUAAAGUGUUCUAUGAUCUACAAGUUUAAGCUACAAAGAAAGAAUGAACUAAUUCUUUUAAAAUGUUGACUGCAGGUAGAUGAAAAUAUAAUUAAAAUUUCAAUUGUCAACCAUUAUAGUAGACUGGAGUAGCUAAUACUCCUGUUGUCAGCUUAAUUCGUGUGCAACGGCAAGUUAGAGUUAUACACGCUAGUGAUGCUCUGUGCCCAGUGUGUGCUGUUUUUGCUCUGUUUUGUUUUUUAAACAUUGAAACAAAAAUGUUAUCUUACGGAGCUCUUCUUUCUCCAUAUCUUUUAAUUCCUGUUACUCUUUUUGCAGCCUAUCCACAGGUUCCCAAUAGGAAGACGUUUUACAGUUAAAAAGCAUUCUUCUUGACUUACAUCAAAUUAUCUUUGUCUUUCUAAAAACAACCAAAAGUUUGAGAUUUACUCACAACUAGAAACUAAAUGCCUGCUUCAUUUUAGAAAAGAAAAGCUGAUUAUUAGAUUAGCUUAGGUUAGCUAAAACUAAGAAAGCCAGUAGAAACUUAAUUACAAAAUGUACUAAAUAUUCAGCCAAUAUUAAACAGUAUCUUUUUAUUUCUGAUACAUAAUUAUUAGACAUUUCUAUAAUGAGGAUAUAUAAGGAUAAUUUCCUUAGUGUGAUAAUCCAAUCAUGUAGUAUUUUAGGACCUGUGAAUAAUUUUUAACAAAAUAAAAGAAUACCAUGCUGCUAUUAUAAAAUAUUAUAAAAUUACUUAGCUAUACAAUUUCAAAAUAUAGUGUUUAUGCAAAGAAUCCUUAUUUCAACCUAGCAGUUUACAACAAAGAAUAAAUCAAACUACAAAACCUGAGUGUAUGUGAUGUCAUAUACAACUUCUUUGCUUCUGUCAGUAAGCGGAGAUCUUAGCAAUUGGGAUGAUGCUUUUCUUAGUAAUUGGGUAUAAGCAAGUUGUAAUGUAGAUAGUAAUUAUUUAAUUUCUUGUGGCUUUUAUUUGCAAAAAAACUGGAGGUGUUCCAUUUAAUGUUUUGAAGAACAUGAAUAUUAAUUAUAUUAGAAAUAUUUUUUGAUUCAGAAUUUAGAAUUGCACCUGAUGUUUAUAGGUAAUUAAACCCUUUUUGCAAGCUAUAAUAUUGAGAAAAGUGCUUGGCUUUAAGUUGUAAGGAUACAGGUUGGAAGAAUAUGUUAAUAGAUUAGUUCAUAAAAUGGUGUAUCAAUAAAGAUUUAAAAUUUCCA